CUGAAGGUGAAAAAGGGGGGUGUUAGAAAUUUAUUUUUCCAAUGAUUUUUGGACACCAAUGUUGUUCCCGAGUGAGUCGAGUCGCGCGAGUUUCGUCUGUCCAUAUAUUUUCGGUUUCGAUCCGUUUGCAACGGUAACUAAAGAUCAGAGCCGACGAUGGUGGUGAUUUUCAUUCAUUCUCGAUCCCAACACUCCGUUGUGGCCAUCUUUCUUUCAAACAACAGAAACCAACUGAUUUCUAGCGAUUGAGAACAGAUAUCAACACGCUGAUUUGAAACGGCAACUAUAGAUUUUGAGCAGUGAAAGCAUACGGUGCGAGCCAAGAAGAUAUAAUCAAUCGAACCAAGCAGUGAACCAACAAAAACAAAAUGCAAGAAUCUCCGGAAGUAACGCAAGAUGCAGUCACCGCUUCGUCUUUGGUCUCUGAUGAGAACGAAGCCACAGGCGAACAAGAUAAGGCAGAAAAGCUUCAGGACGGCGAGAAACAAGAAGUGGAAGUGGAGGAGGCAGCGGGCACGAAUGCUCAGGAAGAAGUUUCACUGCCGGCCAAAACGGAAGCCGGAGGUACCACCAACGCUGCUGGUGAUACGACAUCAACCAGAAUAGAAACUGCGUCUGUAGAGAACACACCAGAAUUGGGACCGGAAAAUGACGAUGGCAAACCAGAAGCAUUGGCAACCAACCAAAGCGACCAAAAAGAAGAGGACAAGGUUGAUCAAGAAUCUGCUGUCUCAAAUGAGGAGACCGAAUUUAGUGCUGUAACCGAUGUUCCGAAAAGUGAGUCAAAUGGAAGCAAUCUCAAAACCGACAACAAUAGCAACGGUGUUCCGGGUGUGGGCCAAUCCAAGGGUGCAAAAAUUCUCAUGAAUCGUUUCUCUACGUGGAGAAAGACUGCGAACGAGAAAUUAAACACCCAGGCCCCAGUCUUAUCUGAAAAUGCGAAGCAAGCAUCGGAAUAUGCACAGCGAGUCUUAAAAUCGAAUUCAUUGUCUUCCGUCAUGCCUUCGAUGAACUUGGCAUCUCGGUUUGCUUCGCAAAAGCCAAAACCGACACCUAAUCCCGUGGAUGAAAAGAUGGAGACGGCAUUAGAUGUUGAAGCAAAGAGUGAGAACAUCAUUGAUAGUAAGAAGAAGGAGGAGGAUGCGGUUGCCGAUGGUAGACGAGAGGCAGAGGGAGAAGCAGAAUCCACUUCGAAUCUCGAGUUACCCAAACCUGUUUCGCAAGGUUCAUUGUUGGACAACGAUGAGGAUGACCAUGACGAAAAUAAUAUUGGCAAUGAAACGACACAGAAAUCCGAAGGAGUUGCAGUGGGAAGCGCUACUAUAAUUACAGCAGAGUCUCGAGAACGGGUGAGAGCCGUUUUUUCGAAAGCUUCCACAACGAUGGCCGAGUCAGUUGCCACCGGUUUUCGUGGUCGAUAUAAGAGAGAUGUCUCGGCAACCACCAAACCUACAGAAAGUACAAAUGCUGACCUUAACGAUCAAGCCAAAACAAUACAAGAAACUUCCCAGAUGGCUCUGAUUUUGAAGAGUCGGGCUGGAGAAUACAUGCAAGAAAUUCUUGAUAAACUUGAACCAUACGAGUUUGCUAUGUUGCUUGGCAGAGGAAUGCUAGGAGUCAAUCUGAAGCAAUGCUAUCUUAAAAACCGUGGAAUAUUUGUCGAUUACUUGGUGGACGGAGGGCAAGCUGCACAGUCAGGGCUCGUUUGUUCUGGAGAUUUGAUGGUUAGGCUUGGUGACUCAGAUUUCCGCAAGGGAACUAUCAAGGACAUUCCCAUCAAAAUUGGUCAGGCUAAACGCCCGGCAGUUUUAGUUUUGGCAACAGGUACGCAGGUUGCAUUGGAGCGAAUCAAUUUUGUUGACGUCGCCGUAGCCAUGAUGCACCGUGCCCGCAAAUUUUACAUUGAUAGCGGGAAGCUUUCCGUCUUCCCAAGUGAAAAAAAGACUACUACAAGUGUGACUCCUGUCAUUACUGAUAACGAUAAAGAAACAAUAGCAACGCCUCUUUUUGAAAAGGAAGAAAAGAAUGACGACCCAGAUUCUUCUGAGACAAGCGAGUCCAUUUGUGACGUUACGAUCGAAGCCAACGAUACAGUGGAUGCUUACAUGAGCCCGCCGUGGCCGACCCUUGCGGUUCGCAAAGAGUUCAUUGAUGAAACAUUCCUGCGAUCUUUGGAUAACUUUGUCGUGUCUGACCUAUGUGAUGUAUUGGAUAUUGACAGUAAUUUUCGAUCGGCAAUUCGAAAUGCAUUUCUGGUUUGUGCCUUGGAUAGUCGCAGACUGCCCUUCUUGGCAAGACACUUUUCCGACGAAGUUAUGCAAAUUUCCUCCAAAAAUCAGGGAAGUGCUGAAGAAGAAAACAACAACAACAUGACCCCAAGCGCGCAACUCAUGUUAUUUCUAGAACUUUCAUCCUUCCUGGAUCUUUACGACGUUACACCGCCAACUCGUCUCAAAGACGUCGCCUCGAGAAUAGCGUACAAGUUCUUCUUGCCCACAAAGAUAGGAAAUGGCAUCCAGCCUCCUCUCUUCGAUUUUCAUCAAAUUGUACCAUAUUCAUCUCUACGUCAUUUGGAGUUUGCAUUGAAUGGGAAGAGUGAAUCUAUACCCCGGGACCUAUUUUUGGACUUCCAGAAGUCGAUUGUCGACUCGUUGUCUGGAGCACCAUUUCUCUCGUUUUUGGCAUCUGCUGACUGCUCACGAAUGCGCGCCUAUCUUCGUGACACCGCUCCUUUUGUAAAUUUAUCCUUCAGAAAUAUGAUGGAUGCAAUGGCAAAAGGGACAGAAACCGCCAAAGACACUGCUGCCGCACACAACUCCUUUUCUUAUAUUUUGCUCUACCUGAUCUGUCGUAUGGAAAAGGAAUGCAGUGGUGAAUACGAUUUUGGCAUAGAAAAUGAAGCGAAUCGACGCCUACUUGGAGCUACGAACGACAUUUGUUGUGCUCUAUUUAUCAAACGAACACUAUUGCCGACUAUAGAUUCUAUUAUGAAGGAGGGGGACAAUUUUUCACAGUCAUCGUCGGAGAAGUUGAUGUCAGUGGUCGAGCAAUUUUGGAGUUUGUACCUUGACGAGUCUCUUGAGUUGUCAACACGAAACGCCGAAAUCGAAGGCAUUCACGUCAAAGUUCGCAAUAUUAUUCAGACAGUUAGCGCAGAAUUCCAUGAAUCAUCUGAUUUGCUCCCGCGUACGUGUGUGUCAUUAAUUCUCAAGUCAAAAUUAGCAGAGGAAGCUACCGUUCUUGCAGAUGAAAUAUUUUAUGAUUAUGCGGCAAACACAAACAGCAAGUUUCGUGACCACAAGUUUCACGAGUGGAUGUGUAGCGAAUUCGCAAAGGCUCUUGGCGGUGACCCUUACUGGUAUAGGACACAGUCGGUUCCAGUGCUUCCUCCAGGAUGCUUGAAACGUUUCCUUCGGAGGGUCGAGCUACCAAACGGUGUGUCGUCACACAAACCCUAUCAAGUUACACCGAAGGAAGAACUAGAGCGAAAUUACCAUAACGCAGACUGGGCCGUGGUCUUUGGUUCUUCAGUAGGAACAGAACUAGCUUCUCAAAUGGCAGUCCCUGGACUAGACUCGCCUGAUAUUCGACGCUAUACUUGCCUUCCAGUAGCACUGGAUUGUGAUCAUACUGACUAUGAUGACUUCCGACCAGAGCAAGUUCUUCCAGCCACGUUCGAAAGCUAUGCCUUUGUUCCUCCUAGCAAACCAAAACCUUUUCAAUCCGUAGUAGAUGCAGGACGUGUUACCACUGAUGGAUGGGAAGUCUCUCUUGUGACUUUCACAAUUCCAAAUGCCGACUCUAGUUCCUCGGGAGACGCCACUGAAUCUGCCUUGUACGGAGUUUCACUUUGUUUGCAGCGCAUUUCGUCUGAUGGAAAAGAUCUCGAUAGCAUCGUGACAAAGCUUGUAAGCAAGGAAGGAGAAUUGAAAGAAAAAGACGAGACAUGGAACUCUCCCAUCUCGUUUGAAAAAGAAUCGAUAGACGGGAGCGAAAAAUAUGUACGAAAAGUAAGAGUUUCGUCAAAGCUUCCGAUUUACGAACGGCAUUUACAAGAAAAGACAUGGGUAGAACGAGUAGAAGAAGAAGAAUACCGUGAUCAGACCAAACCUAUAUCAAUGGGAAUUGCGCUGGUCAGUCGCAGAAAUGUUAUUUUCUCUAUGCGUGAUUCUUUGUCGAGAUUAUUCUUUGAUUAUUCGAGAAGUCCUGGGCAAUCACUCGAAGUAGCGAAGGCGUCGACCACGUGCAAUGCUCUUGUCGAAAUACUGGGUGCGCUUUCUUAUCAAGAUCACGAAGGAUCCGUUCUAAGGGACCUUCUUGCUCCCUACUUGCGAGUAGCUUCAAACCCUUGGUUGGAGCGUCCAUUUGACGAACAAGAAAAGAUGUUUGAAUCGCAUGCACUGAGACAGCUCACUGACUGCUUGCCUCCCACGUCUCUAGCUUUGCUUUUCGUUACUGCUCUUUUGGAACAGAAGAUCAUAUUUUCCUCUGGGAGGAGGAGCGUUCUACAUGCCGCCUCGUUGGGCCUAGCAACCUUGCUUCGUCCUCUCAAAUGGAGUCAUUUGCUAGUGCCUAUGGUACCAGGUGCUCUUGCCAACGAUUUGAUCCAGUAUCCCGCCCCAUUUAUUCUUGGAGUUCCGUCGGAAGAUGCGGAUAGCAUGGAUUUGCUCGGAAAUCUUCCUCGAGAUGUGACACUCGUCGAUUUAGAUGUGGGCCGAGUUAUUUUGGCGCCAGAUUUUGGGCAAGACAACGAGAUGUGUCGCAAGACUGCAGAUACGAAAGCCACUGCCAGAGCUCUUCGUUCCCAAGUUCUUUACCUGGCACAAGGUCUCGGUGAAGUUUUUGGCAAAAGCUUGCGCCCCGACUCGUGGGUCAGUGACGAGCCGUCUUUGUGUGCAAUGGCCCCAGGCAAGAUACGUAAUGACGAAAUGUCUAUCACAGCUAGGUUAGAUCAGCUUCGACUGUCGGCGAAAUCUUUCAUCGACGAAAUCUUAGCCGGAAGUGUUUCCUGCUGUUAUUGGAUCGAGGAAUUGACACCAACAUACGGUUCUUCGGUGGAACCCACUGUAUUGUUCGACGAGGAUAAAUUCUUCGAGAUCAAGAAUCAUAGAGCAAAUAUGGCCCCAACACCUCUCUUCAAUCGGAUUCCAUCCAAAACGGGUUCACUGGUAUUGGUCCUGGACGAUUUUGAUUUGGUGCUCGAAAGCUUUUUGCGUUGCCAAUCGAUGAGUAUUUACAUCAGUUCCAGGCCAAAGAAAGAUAUGUUUUACUUCUGAUCAGAAAUAAUCAUGGGCAAUGAGUAUUUUAGAUGUUGCAGAUAUUCUACGCGGGUGGCUUUGUUUCUUUAGCAUCAACGCAAGUAAUUUGAUAUCCCCUUCUAUUAUAACUCUUCAUUUCAUAAAGCAUUAUGGAUCUG